AGUGCGGAGUAAAACAUGCUCAGUUGGGAUGAGAGAUCCAGUGGAGGCGUACACGAAAUAUUUAUUUGUUAAGUAAUUUUAAUUUUAAGUCAGGCACGCAGAGGUAGGGAGGGCAGUGCAACACAAGCAACGCCAUAAAAAAUAAAGCAACAAUUUUUAAAAAGUGAACUCUUGGCAUACAGCUCUUAUCGUGCAUUGGAAAUAAUUCAAAUUUCGUCCAAAUAAAAUUUAAAAAAAAAAAUAAAUAAAUAAAUAAAUACAUAAGUUAUAAAUCUCAGGUUAGAAAAAAAUCUUAAAAAAAGAACUCUUAUCGUCUAAGCGCUAAAAAUAUACACAAAUCUAUGUACAUAGAAAAGUGUUUUUAAAGCGAUUUUGAUUAAAAUCGGAUUCGUGAAAGCGUAAACGUGCAAUUGAAACAAAAAAAAAUAAAAUUAAAUAUCUAUUUGUACAGUACAUAUUUGUACAAAUCAAUCAGAACCGAAUCGUAUGACUCUACAGGAUUUGGAAAUAUUAGUGAGCCAACUAGCGGUGUGUGACGACGCAACCGGCAAAAUGAUGUCCAGAACUUUUAGAUACGUCAAACUGAUCUACAUAGUGGCGGGUAUUUUGAUGAGCAACGAAAAAGUUUGCGAAUCCGUCGACAAAAUGCAAAUCACACCGCGUGUCGAAGUCAAACAGAUACUUCAGCCAAAGAAAGUCUACAAGGGAGUUGAGAAAGCAUCGAGGAAUUGGUUUCGCAGCUCCUAUUGCUUCAUAGUGAGUCGAAUUAAGCAGCGUGCAGCGCCAUUGUUGAGCAUCUUCAACAUUUGGACCAUACCCAAUUAUUUGGUGGACUGCACAACGAAUUUCAUUAGCAAACAAUUCAUCGGCAGCGAUUGUGAUAUGAUUUAUAAUAGAUAAAUUUUAUGCAAAUCAAUUGAAUAAUAUUUAAUUAUACAUAUAUGUAAAAGGGAGACUAGGCGCUUAACGCCUGGGUAUUAUACCUUCUUAAUUACAUAGAGGGUAUACUUAUAUUUGAAUAUAGUAAUUUAAUUUAUAAAUAUAAUUUUAAGUUAGAAUCGGUAAGAUGCAAUUUGCUACUUUCUCUCAUAGUUUUAAGAUUUUUCAAUUCAACAUUGUGACCAAUUCAAUUUGAGACAUUUAUUAAUACAUAUAAAUAUGUCGAGUACUUAGUUGCAAGUACAUACAUAUGUAUUUAGUUUAUUUUUAUUUUAUUGCGAAAUGUUUACAUAAAGACGGAAAUUUUUAUUAAAUAAAUUUUUGCUUUACAUACAUACAUACAU